AUGCGCAAUGAGAUGGCUGAGGCUCGCACCAAAAGGACAGCUGAGCACGACUCACACAUGUGGGAGCUGAAGCUGAUGACAGCGCAGGUAAACAUCGCGACGACGAAAUGCGACGGUGUCGGCUACCUUCCAGAGGAAAGGGCGACCGGUCACACGCUUUUAGAUUAAUCUCCACCAGUAGCCUCCUCUUACCACCAACCAUACAAUUUUGAUUUUUCUCAUCUUUUUGCGAAUCCCUCCUCAGCCGCCACAGCCACUGCGUCGGCGUACGCCACGAAUGCGGCACAGUUCGCACAGCAAUUUGUUGCCACUGCACCGCCAGUGAACGCUCAGGUUGAUCAGCAGAACCUCGUCAAAUACAGUCAGUAUCUGGAGCUUCUACGGAACGCCUAUGGAAUUCAGCUACCGGGUGAACUCGGACAACAGCCAUCAGCCCAGUCUCAGGCUGAGUACCAGUUGUCGGCUUAUCCAUCAGCUGCAGCAACUUCAUAUCAAGCCGGUGCUGGACAGCAAGCCGUACAACCCACCUAUCAGCUAUCCAGUUACUCAUCUGCUGCUGCGCCAACCUAUCAGACUGGCGCAGCACAACAGUCGGUUCCUUCACAGAUCGAGUACCAGUUGUCUGCGUACCCAUCGGCUGGUGGUCACUAUCAGGCAGCUGCAGCUGGCACCUACAGUUCUGCCCUGCAACCAGUAGAUCAGACCGUUCCACUUGCUUCGGUCACCUAUGCAACCACCGCUGCAACACCUCAGCCACAGUAUCAAGUUUACCAACCGCAAACCGCUUCCUUCUAUGGACAAGCUGGACAACCACAGCAACCGCAGUCAGUCUAUCAGCCCUCUGCUCAACAAACAUAUCCGCAACCGGUUCAGGCUCAAACUUAUCAGCCACUUCUACCUCAUCCCCACCAAUCUCAACUUGCAGUUCAACCUUAUUAUCCGUCACCAUAUUCUGCCACCCAAGUACCUCCAAACUCUCAGGAACACAUCGUUCCAUCACAACAACCACAUUAUCCCCAACAGCAGACGAUACAGUAUCCAGGACAGCAGGUCUCAUCCGGAACUCCUCAGUACUCUGUGCAACAGCCACAGCCACAGCAACCAACCGCACAAGUGCAACCACAGCAACCACCUCAGCAAGUGCAAGUGCAGCCACAGAAUCAGGUCUCUCAUGUUUCCAGCUAUGGACAGCAAGUGAGCCUGACGCAUUCGUCAUUACCUUUACGUGUACUACUUUAA